AUGAAUUUAAUGUUUUCAUCUUCUGUUUGUCGAAAAGGUACUUGGGAUCAAGAAAAGCACACUUUUGUCGAUGCUAAAGGAAAUCCAAGUGUUUUCGAUAGUAUCCCUUCGGCAUUUUGGUUUGUGAUGGUCACCAUUACGACAACGGGUUAUGGCGAUAUGGUUCCAACCACUUUUAUUGGAAAGUUAAUUGCAUUUCCGGCAAUGAUGUGCGGGAUUCUGUUGAUUGCACUUCCUUCAAUUAUUGUGGGGAGAAAUUUCACUUUGGUGUGGGAAGCAAUGCGACAAUAUCGUAGGACAACACCAAGUGUCCGAGAACAGGCAAAUAAUGUCACGGAAAUGGAGGAUAAUGGCACCGGAUACACAAUAGGAAACGACAUACGUGCCAGUUUUGAAAGCACACGGUCAUAUGCAUCACAGUCCGCGCGUCCUGGUUAUUCUGUACUUAAUGAUGACAUAGUAGCCAAUCAGGACGCAUUAUUAGAACAAGUGCGCACAUUACUGAACUUGGCACAACAAAAUCAAAUUGCCCUGCAACGUAUACAACAGACGUUGGAGCAGAAUGGGCUCAAAUGGAAUAAACCAGGUGUAGCAGCUAAUAUUUCUGUCAAGAAGGAGGCCGCCGCAAAAAGUUCCUCGUCCGGGGGUAAAACUAAGAAAAAAAAAUGGUCAAAAGGAAAAGUCAAGGAUAAAGCAAAUAACGCCGUAAUCCUUGACAAGCCGACGUACGACAAACUCUUCAAAGAAGUUCCCACAUAUAAAUUAAUCACUCCUUCAGUAUUGGUCGAUCGUUUGCGUGUCAAUGGAUCACUUGCACGUGUUGCUAUUAGAGAGCUGGAAGAGAAAGGAUUAAUCCGAAAAAUUUCAACUCAUGGAUCUCAGCUUAUUUACACUCGUGCCACUGCAAUUGUCGAUAAACCAGAAGCAUAA